UCAACACAACCCUUGGAGAAAUAAACAAAAUGCUUCACAAUACUUUUAUCAUGGUAUCAGAGCAAAUCUUCUGAGACCUGUGUCGACUUAAUUUUCUCGGCCAACGAGCACCACCUGCAUCUUCCGAUCAACAGACAUGGCGGACGAGAAGGUCGAGAAAACUGAAAAACCUGUUUCACGAGUUUUCAGUGAAGAGGAAGAAAUCGGAGAAAAGCAAGUCACAAAGAUAAGUCCAUAUGAGCUGAGAUCUUCGGAUACUCCUGCUCUCGUCAUCACCCAGAUUAAAUUAACUGGAGAUAACUAUGAAGAAUGGGCCCGGGCGGUGCGAAUAGCUCUCCGAGCCAAAAGGAAGUUUGGAUUCAUUGACGGAUCCAUUCCUCUCCCAGAAGAAGACGAAGAAGAAGCUGAAGAAUGGUGGAUCGUGAACGCCAUGUUGGUGUCAUGGAUCUUUAACACCAUAGAUGGAUCUCUCAGAAAUUCCAUCACACAAGUAGAAGAAGCAGCCCAACUCUGGAACGACAUCAAGGAGCGGUUCUCCGUUGCAAACGGACCUAGAAUAAACCAGUUAAAAAGGGAAUUGGCAAAUUGCAGGCAGAAUGGUCAGGCUAUACCAACAUAUUUUGGUAAACUCAAGAGCAUAUGGGAUGAUCUCGGCACGUUGGAAAAAUUGCCUACGUGCUCCAAGUGCCGCGGCUGUAACUGUGGCACGCUGAAACAAAUCGAGAUACAAAAGGAGAAUGAGAGGGUGCACCAGUUCCUGAUGGGACUUGACAACGAGGG